CUUCUUCUCCCCUUUUCCGAGUUGACAGUUUCAAACCCGGUCGUACGGUCUGCCGUUCAGGCAGAAUGACGACAAUGCCGGGUCCGCCGCGUGAUCGCUCGCUUGCCUGGCGAUUAUUCGCCAGAGAAGCUUCAGCCUUGUAGAAUACAAUGCGGGAAACCUCGCUCGUCAUCACUUAUUCAACGUUUGAGUCGAGUGUUGUCGCCAGCCCAAAAUAGAGCACUUGUACUGGGAGAGGAAGGGGCUUCUUUCGUUUCCUUUCUCAAAAGAAUUUGAUUUCUAAGGGCCCCCUUAUAACACUCUCCCCCUCCCAAAAAUGGAAUAAGUACCUCCAAAGGACAUACGACACCUAACCUUCCCCAAAAUAUAUUGUCAGGAUAAAACAAUCGCAAAGAUGUCUUCCGCCGCGAUAUUUUGAUGAGUCGUAACCUGGCUCGUUGAGUUUAUUCUUGUCAGAUCGUUCUUUUUUUUCUCCCCAGGAAAGCUGACAUUAAUCCCUUUAAAAAAAAUCUGUAAAAAUGCCUUUUCUACCCUAUUCUGGUGAGGAUUUCAGAUUAAUGUGGUCUGAGCUUUCAAUGCUAAGGUUUGCAGGGCCUUCCCCGUUUAGUAUUCCUUGUAUUUAAUAUGACAUAUAUAUUUAAAAUAUGUAUGAUAUUUCCCGCAAAUGACUUAACGCUCCCCGAGUCAGGACUCCCGAGGGCCCCCGGUUGAAGAGCCCUCUCAGCGUUGUCCCGACGAGCCGCUCGCUCUCCCGAAUCUUUUGGCAAACACGGCCGCCGGUGAGCGCCCGCCAUUAGCAGAUGUGUCCUAGAUGCGUCUGAGCCGGAUGGAAAAAGAGCGAGAGUCAGCAGCCACAUGCCUCUGAGUCCGGCCGCUGACACCAAACAUGAUCGCCCACGCCAACAGGCGGUUACUAACGGCAACCCGCCAGGCUCUACCGUUGCCCGGGACGACGACGACGCCGAGGACGCGCCCUCCGGAAACAGCGUCGUGGUCCGCGUCGGCAUCCCGGACCUGCAGCAGACGAAGUGUUUGCGGUUGGAUCCAGAGUUACCCGUUUGGACCAGUAAGCAGAGGGUUCUGGUCACCUUGACUCAGUCUCUGUCGGAUGUUUUGAACUAUGGUCUCUUCCAGCCGGCGUUCAACGGCCGAGCUGGCAAGUUUCUGGACGAGGAGCGACUUUUGAAAGAGUACCCUCUCCCCCCCAUCACGCCUAUUCCGUACCUUGAGUUUCGUUACAAACGCAGAAUUUACACGCAGAGUUACGUAGACGACAAGCAGCUGGCCAAGCUUCACACCAAAGCCAAUCUGAAGCGCUUCAUGGAACACGUCCACCAAAAGAAUGUAGAGAAGGUUUCCAAAUGGCUGGAAAAGGGCCUGGACCCCAACUUCCACGACUCGGACAGCGGAGAGUGCCCUCUGACGCUGGCGGUGCAGUUGGAGGAGAGCUGCGAGCUCAUCAAAGUUCUUCGCAGCGGCGGCGCUCACUUGGACUUCCGCACCCGAGACGGUAUCACCGCGCUGCAUCGGGCCGUCAUGUGCCGCAACAGCGCCGCUCUCACGACCCUCCUGGACUUGGGAGCGUCUCCGGACUACAAGGACAGCAGGGGGCUGACUCCUCUCUAUCACUCGGCCAUGGUGGGCGGCGCCCCUUACUGCUGCGAGCUUCUGCUGCAGGACCACGCCAUGCUCGGCAUGACCGACGAGAACGGUUGGCAAGAAAUCCAUCAGGCGUGUCGCCACGGAAACGUUCAGCACUUGGAGCACCUGCUGUUCUACGGAGCCGACAUGAGCUCCCAGAAUGCAUCGGGAAACACGGCGCUGCACCUUUGCGCUCUGUACAACCAGGACAGUUGCGCCAGAGUCUUGCUGUUUCGAGGCGCCAACAAGGACAUCAAGAAUUACAACAACCAGACGGCCUUUCAGGUCGCCAUCAUCGCCGGGAACUUCGAUUUGGCCGAAAUCAUCAAGAUUCACAAAAGUUCUGAUGUCGUCCCCUUCCGAGAAUCUCCGUCUUACACCAAGCGGCGGCGCCUGGGAACCGUCAGGUCCCCGGCGGGAAACGGCCUGUCCUCGCCGCGCUCUCUGAUUCGCUCGAUCAGCGACAACGCUCUGGAAAGCCCCGCCUCCUCCCCCGGCCCAUCCCUGCAAAGCUUGGAAACGCACUUGGACACGCACUCGCAUUCGCUGCGUCGACACGCGCGCAGGCUCAGUCCGAGUGGCGGCGGAGCUCACGUGGAGAGCAGCCCCCCGUCUUCGCCGCCUCUUACCCCGCAAGUGAGAAAGAAGAGGCUGUAUAGCGCCGUGCCGGGACGCACCUUCAUCGCGACGCGCUCCCACGUACCCCAGGGGCCGGGCGAGAUCCAGCUGCACCGUGGCGAAAGGGUCAAAGUUUUGUCCAUCGGCGAAGGCGGGUUCUGGGAAGGAAACGUCAAAGGAAGAACCGGUUGGUUUCCCGCCGACUGCGUCGAAGAAGUUCAGAUGAGACAGUACGACCCCAGACUGGAGACUCGGGAGGACCGCACCAAGAGACUGUUCCGACAUUACACGGUGGGCUCGUACGACAACUACACCUCAUACAGCGACUACGUGAUCGAGGAGAAGAUUGCCGUCCUGCAGAAGAGAGAGAGCGAAGGGUUUGGCUUUGUCCUGCGGGGAGCUAAAGCUGAGACCCCCAUCGAGGAGUUUGCCCCCACGCCGGCGUUUCCCGCCCUGCAGUACCUGGAGUCCGUGGAUCAGGGCGGCGUGGCCUGGAGGGCGGGUCUACGUACCGGAGAUUUCCUCAUUGAGGUCAACGGUGCCGACGUGGUGAAGGUGGGCCACCGCCAGGUGGUGGCGCUGAUCCGACAGGGCGGCAGCCGCCUGCUGAUGAAGGUGGUGUCCGUUUCUCGCAAGUCGGACACCAAUCUGAUAAGGAAGAAAGCUCCUCCCCCUCCCAAGCGAGCCCCCAGUACCUCUUUGACUCUACGAUCCAAGUCCAUGACCGCUGACCUGGAGGAGAUCGCCAGGAGGAGGCGCUUUGAGAAACUGGACGACAUGCUGGCGGGGAACACGCAAGAAGUGGUUCUGCGGUCCCGGCCUUCCGACGACUUCAGGGCGGCCACGGUCAAGCAGAGACCCACCAGCCGGAGAAUCACUCAGGCCGAGAUUAACUCGUUGUUCGAGCGUCAAGGUCUCGUUCCGCCUUCGGGCCCAGAGAAGAGCACCAUGGCGCUCCCCCGUGGGAUGUCCAGAACCAAAAGUUUUGGCACCCCCGAGGACGAGCGCAUCUCGGCCCUGAUCCACGAAAGCCGCUUUCCCCGCAGCUCCUCUCUCACCGACAGCUUCAUCCCUCCGCCUCCCCAGACGGCGCCGCCUCCUCCUCCGUCCCCGCUCUUCCUGCUGGAUUCGGGACCGCCCCCUUCCUUCCUUCCGCCGCCUCCCCCCGCCAGAGGGGAGGGCCUCACCCGGUCCAGCUUCAAGCCGGGAACCGAAGCCAGGCUGCAGGAGCUCUCGGACGCGCCUUCCAGGAGUCACGCCGAGCGUCAGAGGAAGGCGCGAUCCAUGAUCAUCCUGCAGGAUACGCCGCCUCAGCUUCAGCCGGAGAUGCACGCCGCCGCCAUGCACGUGUCGUCCUCGCACACCUCCACGCUGUCUCUCCACACCGCCGCGCUGGGUCACUCUCCGCUGUCGCGACGCCGCGGCCGACCCAUCGAAAACCCGUACGCCAACGUGGGACAGCAGGCCCCCCCGGCCAAACCUCAGAGGAGGAAGUCACCUCUGCUCAAACAGCUUCCCGUGGAGGAGCAAGGCCUCAAAGACCAGGACGGAAAGUUGGAGGGGAGCGCCCCGGGCAGCCCCAGCAGGGCGGAGCUCUACCAGCAGCAGGUUCUGUCGGAGCGCGCUCGCGUCCACGGCCGCCGCUCCUCCCUCUUCCUGUCCGUAGAGGGCGCCGUCUCUGACAACCAGGCGCCCCCUCUCCUGACUCAGAGCCAUUCCAUGGACGACCUGGGCGAGCUUCCUCCUCCCGCUCCAGUCCUGUCGCCCUCGCCCACCCCGCACACCUUCCUGCACCCGCUCACCGGCAAGCCUCUCGAUCCUUCGUCUCCGCUGGCCUUGGCUCUGGCGGCGCGCGAACGAGCGCUCACCGCUCGCACUCCGAGCCCCGAGCCGCGGACCAAGCAUUCUUCGGCUUCCGCCACGCCCGUCCCCACGCCGGCCGCCAGUCCCGAGGGCCGCCACAAGCGCACCCCCGUCCCCACCCCGCAGGGCAGCCCCGAGCCUCGCUCCAAGCGGGCCACCCCGCAGACCAGCCCCGAACAGCGGAGCAAGCGCGCCACCCCUCAGAGCAGCCCGGAGCUGCGACACAAGCGCGUCACUCCGCCUCUGUUCCCCGACGGUCAGGCGGAGCGUCCCGAAGCCGAGGGCGGCGUGACGUCGCCCGCGGGGCCCUCCCCGGAGCGCUGGAGACCCGUCCCGCUGGCGAACCUGGCCAACGAAAGCCACUCGGCCGCCGUCGACAGGCGAAGGAGCCUGACUGUCGGCAGCUCGGAGGAAGAAGGCGGCGCCUACACGGUGACCCUCCCGCCCGCGUUGUUGUCAUCUAGCGACGAGGAGACGAGGGAAGAGUUACGUCGGAUCGGUCUGGUGACGCCGCCCCCCGGUUUCGCCGCGCCUCCUUCCCCGUUGGCCGUGACCCCGCGUCGGGGCGGCGAGGGCGACGCGGGCGAGGACGACGACGAGCCCCGCGACGGCUCGCUGCCUCCCUCCAUCACCUUGGCGUCGCCCGCCGCCCCGCCGUCCUCGCCGCCCGCCGGCCACACCGCCUCGGCGCUCAAGCCCCGCCUCCGCUCGCCCGUGGGGCGCGGGCGCUCGGCCCUCAGGGACCCUCUUCUCAAACAGUCGUCCGACAGCGAACUGCUGCCGUCCUCGCCCGCCUGCCCGGCCGCCGCCCGCCAACCGCGUUACCUCUUCCAGCGGCGCUCUAAGCUGUGGGGGGGCGGCGACGAAGAGGGCCGGCCCGCGGCGCUGGGCGGCCAAGGGUCCGCCUCGGCCUUGGAGUUGAGCGGCAGGGCCGAGUCGGGCCUGGAUCUCGCCAACAGGCUCCACCUCCUCAACAAAGACAGCCACUCCUUGGGGGAGGAGCCCAGUCCCCUCGACCCCGGACGCAGGUCCCCUGUAGGUGGUGCCAGAUGUGGGGACAGUGGAGAGAGAAAAUCGUUGUUCUCCAGCCUGGGCGAGCUGCACACCAUCUCCCAGCGAGGAUACGGCGCCACCUACACAGUACGGCCGGGAAGUCGCUACCCCGUCACCCGCCGCAGUCCUUCCCCGUCCCCUUCCCCGACCCCUUCCGAUAGGCCGGCGGCUUCCCCCGAGCGCCCGGACCUGAGCUCGGGUCGAGGUCUGACCAUCCUCAAGUCGUCCAGCCUCAGCCUGCCGUCGGAACCCAAAGAGGUCCGUUUCGUGAUGCGCAGCGCCAGCGCUCGGACCCGCUCCCGCUCGCCCUCGCCGUCCCCGCACGCCUCCCCGUGCCCCUCGCCCGUCCUCAGCGGCCCCCUGCUGGCGCUCAGGCCCUGGAGACAGCGUCCGCUCAGCUUGUGGAACAAGUACGACGUGGGCGACUGGUUGGAGAGCGUGGGCCUGGCCGAGCAUCGCCAGCGCUUCCAGGAGCACGAGAUCGAAGGCUCGCACCUCCCCGCCCUCACCAAGGACGACUACGUGGAGCUGGGGGUCACCCGGCUGGGUCACCGCAUCAACAUCGAGCGAGCCCUCAGGCAGCUAUUGGACGGCGCCACUUGACCCCCGUCGCCGCUAUAGGCCGCUAGUUUUGCCAGUUCGGCUCGUUGAUCGCCGACGUCCAGGACGCAAAAUGUUUUCCGCCCCCGUCGUGUUCAUUUUUCUCAUCCGUCCUGUCCGUAGAUCGAGUCAUCCAUCAUUCAUCUCAUUCACCACCAUCAUCAAUCAUCUCCAUCCCUUUUCAUCACCAUCUUGUCCUACAACCGUCUCCCAGCGCUAGAAGACGUCGAGUAAGUAAGUUCCGAAUGUGUUUCAGCUUGGCCCGUUCUGCGUGGGCGAUCAAAGAGUUGAUUUUUUUGUUUUCUUCCACCUAUUAUCAUUAUUAACCCUGAAUAAUAUUAGUCUUCAUUUUGAAUAGUUCUGAAUAUAAUGGACUCUAUGCACGCAGCACUUGGGUUUUGGGUGUAGGGUGGCAACUUAAAGUCCCUGUAAAGUGAAGACAAAUAUGUCUCUGAAAAUACAAAUCUUCUUCCUAGCUUUUUCCGCGCGCACUCCGGGCUGACCGCGAGGCGAUCGUCGGCGGCCGUGCAGGAGUGAAGCCCCCCGCUCCAAAUUCUGAAUCGACUUUCCAGGGUCUUUAAGGCCACGGGUUGUUUUCAAGUCGGAUGGCAUUCCGGUAGCUUGUAACAUAUUGAAAGCGAAAACUCUUACGCCGUGCGACCUUUCCACCCAAAAUGCUAUUAGUGCCUGGUCGUGCGUAAGGUCAGUCAUCCUCAUUUAGGUUUGAUGAGCAAUGAUGUGCCAGUGUUGAUUCUAUUUUUCACUUUUAAUAUGACGAUGUGUCGAGGUUUACGAUGACUCGUCGACCGCGCCCGCCCGUGUAUGUGAUACGUGUUGAUCGGACAUGGUGCUACACGUGGGAAGCCAUCUGUACAGCAAAGAACUUUGUCAUCCUUUAGCCAAUCAGCAGCAGAUCAGUCUGUCGCGGCUGGCAAUUCCAGUCCAAAAUUGAGGGGGGGGUGAAGGUCAGAGGAGGAGUUUCCACUCUGCCAUGAGUUUUUUUUUUUUUUUUAUGAACUUGCCAUCGGUGGAAACUUCUGAUUCUCACACCAGUCGCAACGGAAAAUAACGGAGCCUUAUUCCAUUGGGAAUAAUGUCAUUUCUCUCCUGGAAACGCGACGAUAAAGAUACAUUUCCGAUGCACUGCGCGUGUAUUUUUCUACUCGACACCUGAUGCUAAACAACCGUAAAGAUUAGUUUGUAGUCUACACAUAGAAAUGUAGCUUGAAUAGUUAUUCCUAAAUAAUGCUCAAGCAAUAGACUGGUGCGUCGUGAUGAAGUCUUCAAAUUUUGUCAUGUAACCCGACGGAAAUUUCUGGGCUGUUGAUUAAUGCUUGACCAAUGAUUACAAGGGGAGCAUUUCAAGUGAACUUUGCCGUCACUGACUGCCAGUGAGUUAAGAUUGAUGGUCCGAUUUGGGUGUGUGUGACUUGUAGCUCUUGUAUGAAUGUGCAUUGUACUACCGCGCGUGCUAAUAAAGCGCCACCUAUGACAUUGUCCGUGAUUGAAUUGAAUCGGUUGGAUGGCUUUGCUGUUUCUUUGUGCUCUUUUCUUCUUUUCACACCCCAAACAUUGUUUCUAAUAAAGGCUUAUUUACUACAACCAUAGACUUCAUAAUACUUGACACAUCAGCUGCUUCAUUCACUGUCUGGUGCUAUGUGACCCGGCUUCAUUUAUUAGAAGUUUGUGGCCGUGAAACUCUCACACAUGCUUUUGAGGACAAAGCCGGAUUUACAUUUAAAAAGUACGAAAGCUGGACCGCAUACUAACAAGAAGGAUUGUCUCAGGAGUGUUUUUUUUUUUUCUCGAGGAUUCAAGGUAAUUAUUAUAUUUUUCGUACCAUGCACGCAUUUUGAAAUGUUGAGAAAAAAAUCAAUGGGAGAAAUUAGCCGCUCCGGCAUUGGCAUCAUACCUCGCAAUAUUUAUGUAACAUAACUGCCAACUGCCCGGUUUUUGCUUUUAAUCAAGAAUAGAGACUGUUUUACGUCCAUAUCUAUAAAGAAUUUUAGCAUUUAUUCACAAGAAUUUUCAACAGAAUAGGCUCGGUUUCCACUCACAGCUGCUAGCUACAGUCACUAACAGACUAGCAUUGUACUUCGACAUAUUUAUGUAAAAUGAAUACUAACUGCCCGUUUUUUGCUUUUAACCAAAAACCGAGACUAUUUUACGUUUAUAAAAAUUUUUAGGGAUUUAAGCAUGUAUUCACAAGAAUUUUCAACAGAAAAAGCUCUGUGUGUGUUUCCA